ACGAUGCCGCGCAGGAAUGUGAAAGGCUCCCGCCCGCCGCCAUUUUCUUUCUUUCUUGGCAGGCAGCGAGUAGGGCAGGAAGCGCCGGCGGAGCGGCUAUGGCGGAUUAUUCCACGGUGCCCCCUCCUGCUUCGGGCGCGCCCGGAGGAGGAGGAGGCGGAGGUGGGGGAGUCAACGAUGCCUUUAAAGACGCACUGCAGCGGGCUAGGCAGGUGUGUAAUGUGGGCACCAGCCCAUCGGUAGCUCCGACCCUCAGGCUCGGGGGCCUGGAAGCGGCUCCCGAUAGGGCAUCCUCUGAUCCUCAGCACCGGAAUCUCCCCUCUACCUAUUCUGGGACAAAUAGGAUUGCAGCAAAAAUUGGAGGUGAUGGAGGGACAUCAAUGAAUUCAAAUGAUUACGGUUAUGGAGGACAAAAAAGACCUCUUGAGGAUGGAGAUGGCUCUUGGACAAGUCCGAGCAGUACAACACACUGGGAGGGAAUGCCCUCUCCUUUUAAAGAUCAACCAGAUGCUAAGAAAGUUGCUCCUCAGAAUGACUCUUUUGGAACCCAGCUACCCCCGAUGCAUCAGCAACAAAGGUCUGUAAUGACAGAGGAGUACAAAGUUCCAGAUGGAAUGGUUGGAUUCAUAAUUGGCAGAGGAGGAGAACAGAUUUCACGCAUACAGCAAGAAUCUGGAUGCAAAAUACAAAUUGCUCCUGAUAGCGGUGGCCUGCCUGAUAGAUCUUGCAUGUUAACUGGAACACCCGAAUCUGUUCAGUCUGCAAAGAGACUGCUUGACCAGAUAGUUGAAAAGGGAAGACCUACACCUGGCUUUCAUCAUGGUGAUGGACCAGGAAAUGCUGUCCAAGAAAUUAUGAUUCCAGCUAGUAAGGCAGGAUUGGUUAUUGGAAAAGGUGGAGAGACCAUUAAGCAACUUCAGGAACGAGCAGGAGUCAAAAUGGUCAUGAUUCAAGAUGGGCCACAGAACACUGGUGCAGACAAACCUCUUAGGAUUACAGGAGACCCGUACAAAGUUCAACAAGCCAAGGAAAUGGUAUUGGAGUUGAUUCGUGAUCAGAGUGGCUUUAGAGAGGCGCGCAAUGAAUAUGGGUCAAGAAUAGGAGGAAAUGAAGGGAUAGAUGUCCCAAUACCACGAUUUGCUGUUGGUAUUGUAAUUGGAAGAAAUGGAGAGAUGAUAAAAAAGAUACAGAAUGAUGCUGGUGUUAGAAUCCAGUUUAAGCCAGAUGAUGGAACAACUCCAGAUAGAAUAGCCCAAAUUACAGGACCUCCAGACAGAUGUCAACAUGCUGCAGAAAUUAUUACAGACCUCCUUCGAAGUGUCCAGGCUGGUAAUCCUGGUGGUCCCGGACCUGGUGGUCGCGGAAGGGGCAGAGGCCAAGGCAACUGGAACAUGGGGCCUCCUGGUGGAUUACAGGAAUUUAAUUUUAUUGUACCCACUGGAAAAACUGGAUUAAUCAUUGGAAAAGGUGGUGAAACUAUCAAAAGCAUAAGUCAGCAAUCUGGGGCUAGAAUAGAACUUCAGAGAAAUCCUCCACCAAAUGCAGAUCCUAACAUGAAGUUGUUUACCAUCCGUGGGACACCACAGCAAAUUGAUUAUGCUCGGCAACUUAUAGAAGAAAAGAUUGGAGGUCCAGUAAAUCCUUUGGGUCCACCUGUUCCUCAUGGGCCCCAUGGUGUUGUUCCUGGCCCACAUGGACCUCCUGGCCCACCAGGUCCUGGCAAUCCUAUGGGACCUUAUAAUCCUGCUCCUUAUAAUCCAGGGCCUCCUGGUCCCGCACCUCAUGGUCCUCCAGCCCCAUAUGCUCCACAAGGGUGGGGAAAUGCCUAUCCACACUGGCAGCCACCAAAUCCACCAGAUCCAGGUAAACCAGGAACCGAUCCCAAUUCAGCAGCAUGGGCAGCUUAUUAUGCUCACUACUAUCAGCAGCAAGCACAGCCGCCACCUGCAGCCCCUCCUGGUGGACCACCUACAACCCAAACUAAUGGACAAGGAGAACAACCAAAUCCAGCACCAGCAGGGCAGGUUGAUUACACCAAAGCUUGGGAAGAGUACUACAAAAAAAUGGGUCAACAAGGGCAGCCACAAGAUUAUUCAAAGGCUUGGGAGGAAUAUUACAAGAAGCAAGGUCAAGCAGUUCCAGCUCCUGCGGGGGCCCCACCAGGUCAGCCUGAUUACAGUGCAGCAUGGGCUGAAUACUACAGACAGCAAGCAGCAUAUUAUGCCCAGACAAGUCCACAGGGAAUGCCACAGCAUCCUCCAGCACCACAGUGCAGGUUUGAUCCAGCCAGUAUAGAACUAGCUCUAUAGGGGUGAGGAGGACUGUGCUGUGUAUCAUCCUUGAUUGUUCCUUCAAGGAGCAUUGCACUGUAAGUACAUCAGAAUGACAAAUUGAUGAACUGCAACAGUAUCGUUUGUCAAUGUUCCACAUAAUGCAAAUGCCAUACUUGUGUGAAUAUUAUGUUGGAAUACAGUGCUAAUAUCUUAGGAAAUCAUAACUGCUUCUUAAUUCAGAAACAUAGGUGUGCAUAUAUAUAUAUAUAUAUAUAUGUGAGCUUUAUGGGUAAGUAUUCUUGAAAUGUUCAGCAAUAGCUAAAGAAAACCUUGUGUUAUCUAAGUAAUACAACAUUUUUCACUAGGGCUCCUGAGACAAAGGUUGUAUUAUUUAGUUUAUGAAAAUAUGCAUAUCUUGUUAAUAUGAAAGUGAUUGGAACUGCUUGACAGACAGAAGUUGUUUUGUCUUAAGUUAGUUUGCAGACAUGUAGUGAUGCAGGUAUAUGUUAAACCAUUUUAUAAGCCUGUAUUAGCCAUAUCUUUUUGGAGCACCAUUUGUUGCUUUGAGAAUACAUUUUUAAGGUGGCUGCAUAGAGAAGUAAAACUUGAGGCUUGAAAUUUGAAGUAGUUUUAUUAUUCAGAUAAUUAGCAAUGUAUUUUAUUGUGUUUUGUAGAACCUGGAGGGAACUACCUUACCCCUUUUUAGAUUAGGAAUUUUAGUAGUAGUUUGAAACAAGCAGCUAGGAAGAUAUUGCAAUCUUUAGGGUAGGAUAUGAAGUUUAAUAGUUAAGAUAUUUUGCAUGAUACUUUUGUAGAUGACCUUAUAGUAGAAUGGUGCAUUUAUUACUAAUUAAACUGAACAAAAUUAAAUUCACUGGAUUCUAUAUCAUUCACAAAAUGGAGGCUGUUGAUUUUGAUUCAUUUUAAGGUAUAAAAUCUUUAUUAAUUGCAAACAGUGCAAUUAUUUAUACUUCACAGUGCCUUCCCAGACCUUCCACCUUAGGUUCUGCUGCAAAAAGCAACAGGUAAGCACAACCUAAGGAAGUAUAUAAAUACAUAUUUCAGUACAUUAAUGUUGUCCCUGUGAGAUUUUUGUGGUUGUGUAUUCAAAAGCAAUCUGCUGAUUUCCCCAAAUGCAUUCUGUUACUCAUGGUUCCAUUUCAGUGGAAAGUCUCUCAGUUGUUUAAACAACCGUUCACAUUUCUGGGUAAAUAUGUAUCUUUAUUUUUUAGAAAAGAUGAGUGGAUUGCUGCAAUAAUUAAACUUAAUCUGAAUAAGUCAUUUUUUGUUACUUUUUCCUCAAAUAGCUGAAUUGUAACAAUUUAACGAAGGAAAACAAAACUUUUUCCCCCCCCAAGAUGCCGGAAAUACUUGGUUAGAAACUUCAACAGCCUUCACACAUGUUUUUAUAACUGGCAGGUCAUUAUUCCCACCCCACCCCUAAAAGCUAAAUAGAAUACUGUGUGUUUCUCUUGUCACUGGAACUGAUAACUUGACUUUUUAAAGAAGUUAUACAACAUAAUAUUAGUGAAAUUUUUAGAUAAACUAGUUUGCUUAUCCAUCUGAUAUAGUAGGAAAAUUGACACAAGUUUUGCAGAAUAGUAUGUCUUACUAGAAAGCAUGUGCACAAGUGAAAUGUUAACUGUAUGGCAAAUAAUCUUUUCAUUAUCUAUAUAGCAAUCAGUAUUUUCUGUUCUUUGAUACUUUCACUGGAUUGCUGUAUACUUUUGCCAGUUUAAAAUGUUUGUUUUAUUCGAUGGUCUGGUACAGUUUUUUAGUUAAAGCAGCAUCUCAUCAGUUUUUGUUUAUUCAAUAUAUAAAAUGUGCUGAUCCUUUUUCAAAAGUCCUGCUUAUAUCUAUAUCAAAGAAAAAUAUUCAAAAAUACUGCCUUCAUUUUCACACACAGUGCUGAAGAUGCUGCAAGCACCAAAUCAUAGCUCAUAAAAUCAGGUCCUGAGAUAGUUACUACCAAUAAAGAGGAAUCCUUUGAGUGUAUGCCAUUGGUGAGCCGAUGAGCACGGACCAUAGAAGGGGUCCAUGUAGAAGGUAAAAUUGGCAAAACAACAGAUUUGAAAUGUAUCCCAUACAUAAUGGUGUAGGGUAUAAUUUUUCUGUCUGAUCACUUCUCAUUCUUUAAAGUGCUGUUUGCUUGACCAUAAAUGUUCAAUAAUCUGUUUAGUUUUUAAAACUAUGUGGCUAAUAUUAAACUAUAUAUUUUAAUUUAUAUUCUUCUAAGCAGUCAAGCUUAGAUAUAUUUACCUUCUGAAAUUAAUAGUUGCACUUAAUUCCCUCAAGCCACUUCAUUUUUGUUUACUUGUAGUUUGAUAUGUAACUCUCAUUUAUUUUUCACAAGAAAACUAGGUAUGUACCCCCAGUGGGUUUUAAAUCCUAAGAAUUUAUUGUCUGGGGGUGGGAUUUCAAUUUCACUUCCUUAAACAUGCUGCUUUUUAUUUCACUGUUACGUGAAUAUUUUAAUAAUUCAAAUCUUAAAUUGAGUAAAUUUAGGAAGUGGGAGGAAAUAGAAAAGACAGGCCAGUUAUUUGGAUUGAUGAUGGGGUGUGAAAGUCAUAAUGGCUUCAGUUUAGUGUUUGUGGCAUACUGAUUUUCUGCUCACUUAUUGCUGGACUUAUAGGCAUGUUUUAUGCUAAGUGUAGUGUUAUUAUUUAAAUCAGUCUUCGAACUAUUUCUUUUAGAGGACAGAAAAUAAUUAAAUCACUAGAAUCUUAUUUCUGAGCAAAGAUUGUUUUUGUGAUUUGGUAGAAAAGUAACUGAACUUUCCAAAAUGGGACGUUAAAUAAAUGUAUCUUGAUUUGAUAGAACCUCGCAAAUGAAAUAGGAAGUUGAGUACUGCAGUUUUAAAAGGGAAGUAGGGGAAGUGUAAUGUUUAAUAUAGUAAAAGCAUUUACAGAUCGCUUUCUUCAGUCUUUAUACUGUAAGACAUGCCAUGAAAUACGUCAGCUGGAAGGAUAACCUUCAUUGGGAAGUAUCAUAGUGUAUUUUGGUGUCCAGGCAGGUUGUAUUAUUAUUCAUUGCACAGCCUAUCUUACGUGAAAUAUUUCAUCUUCCUCCAUAACAGUUUUAUUGGAUGCUAGAAACUAUUUUCCCCCCUCAUGAAAUAGCUUUUCUAUGUUUCCUUUGCAUGUUGUAAAUUGGCAAAAUUUGGGCCGUCCAGUAAGCAUACAGUUGACAGGGUUUCCUCUUCCCUAGUAAUACCCUAUAAAACUCUCAUGUAUAUGCACAUAUUUCUCUUAUGCAUGUGAGAUGCAUUUUCGUCCUGAGAAAAGUGUUCUCUACAGAAACUACCCGUGUGUAAAAAGAAGAUUGGCUUUAUAAGGCUACUGUGAUGGGAAGUGUCUUAGGGAGAUGCAGCUUGGACUUGAGGUAAAUUGAAUGCUUUACAAAAUGUGGUUUUGAGCUUGCAUUAUUGACAUUGUAUGUAAUAUGGGUACACAUUAACUGUAUAACCUUUUUGUAUGGUUUUCUCAAUAAAUGUAAAAUGAUGGAUAAUA